CUAAUUAUCAGUAAUUAAUCUCUGUUUAAGCUUUGUCUAAUCCAAAUUAAACUACUCUCUCAUAAUAAGCUAUAAAUAUCCUCCUUUUCUGAUACAAACCAUUUCAUUUUUUUGAAGAUGAUGUCUCCAAGGCCAAUCUCUGAGGUUCGCGGAUCGUCUAAUUUCAGGCAAACUCCUCUGCAGAUAAUCCACAUUGUUGGGAACUUCUUGAGAAUAUGGUCAGUUUACUCCACGUAUCGGUACCUGACCCAGACCGGAGCUUCAGUGAUACUUUUUAUCUUCAGUUGUCUGGUUCCCUCAUCUAUCUUAUUUUUACUCUUGCAAAAGCCUUGGAAGGGAAGAUCACUCUCAAAUACACAGGUUGUUCCUUCUGUAAUUAAUGGUGCUAUAACAGCUUUAUAUUUCAUCUUGUGGGGAAAAGGGCUUAAAUCUUGUGGACCACUUAGAGCUAUAUUGGCGGAGUAUUCUGGUGCUGUUCUUGGAGUAUUAUCUGCAGUAUUGUAUGGUAGAAGAGGCCAUCUCUGGAAAAAGGUUGGUGGGCUUAUUGCAAUGUUGGCAUCUUUUUAUUUCUUAUCUCAAGGCUGGGCGUUGGCAACACUUUCUCCAUUCUCAUUCAAAGACAGCCUCGAUUCAGAGGUUCAGACUGAACAAGUAUUGGGCAUGAGUAAAAUGAUGGUUCCCAUCUUGGCUGGAAUCUUAUCAGCUCUGAGAAGGGUGAUUGCGAGGCGGGUUUCACUCAAGAAUCAACUGAAAAGGCGGCUUCAUGCGAUAACCAUUGCUUCUGCAACUUCUUUUCUAUUCCCCGUGGCCAUGUGGGACUUAAUCAUAGGAUCUUCUGAUAGCAAUAUGGAACUUCCAUUUUCUGCCUGGGCUUUUCUGAGUACAGUUCUUUUUGGAAUAAUAUUGGUAUUCUACGUUGACAGCAUCGCAGAGGAGAAGUUGCAUAUGGUUUUCUCUUCUCCAAGACAUUUAAUGGCAGCUGCAGGAUGCAUAAUUGUCAUGGAGAUUGCUUACAAAAUGGACUUCUCCUUGGCAGGCUUUUUAAUUUGUUCCUCAAUAUUAGGCAUUGGGAUAUAUGAGGCAACUACCUUGGAACGUGGUAGGAAAGAUUCUCUUCAAAAACCAGAAAUAUCAAAUGGGAUGUUGGAUGAUGAACUUGAGAUGCCUUCUCUUCCGACUUAAUUUGUGCAAUUCUGGUGUGUGCAGAAUGUUCUUGUUGACAACCUAGGGUUUACGCAUGAACAAGUAAUUUUCUUGCAGCAUUUAUUGUGAAGAUGUUGAUUUUGUUACCCUUAGUUAUUGGGCAUGAUGGGUAAUAAACCUCAUUGCUUUAAUCAGUUUCCAGCCAGGUACCCCCCCUGCCCACAUUCUUUAUUUGUCAAAAUGGUAUAACAUCUGAGCCAAUCGUUGAACUGAUGGUUUGGACCCAAGUGUAGCAUUUAACAGGAUCCAUCGUUGUAAAAGUGUUUCAAAUAUUACUUUUCAUUUAUAGUUUAUAACUACCCGUUUAUAGUUUACAACUACCCAUAGGCAAGAUUAUGUUUUGUAGUUGUCCUCAAAGGAUUCUACGGAUUAUUUCUACAGCUUACGGUUCAGUUUUUUUAUCAACAAAAACUCAGUGUUAAGAGACUGGUCGUUCUAUUUUUAUCUCAGACGGCUUUUGCUAAUUGAUGAAAUUCGGUUCCUUUUGAUAGAUAAGAGACUUCUGCUUUGAAGUCUGAUGUGUUUGGACUUUUGUUUUGGAAUGUUUCGGACUGUUGGCAUUAUGGCACGUAAAUGCUUGGGUGUAGCUUGGCAAAAGAAAAUGGAACCUAGGAUUUGUAUGAAUCUGUUUUAUGAUCUUUAUGUGAUUGCAUUGCUGGUAAUACAAUCUUCAUUCAUCUUGAUUGAUUAGUCAUUGGUAACUGCUGGUGACUUUCUUUUCCUGUCGUUUCACUCUCGAGAGAUUAUCGGAAGAAACUUGAAAAAGAAAAAGGGGAGUUGCUGUUUUACUGGUUACCUAACAUAUUUGCCUGCCGGCAAUAGUAGCGGAAUUUGAAUAGUUUUGUGUUUUUAUGGUAAAAAAUUGUGUUUAAAAAUUUAUAUAUUUGUAAUUUAUGUUAAAACAUUUGAUACAUUGAUCAUUUUUUAUUCUUACUUAUGGUAAUGCGCACA